AUGAAUACCCGUGCCCACCCCUCCGCAUCUCCAGAUCCCCAGGCAGAGCGCCUAGACACCGAGAUCGCCUCCAUACGCGCCGAAAUCCACAAUCUGCAACGCCAAAAGCGUUUCCUCUCAUCCAGUCUUCUCGCCUCCUCCAGCAUUCAAAAACUUCUCCGCAAACCCCUCACAAACAUCCACGACGAGAUCUCGCCCCUCGCGCAAGCUGCAGGAAAACACUCCGAAACCAACCACUACCGCAUCGCAUUCGGAACGACAGCUUUCUCAUUCAAGGAUCCCUCACCUAGUGCGCCAGCUGAGAACCUAUUAGGUCUGCGCGUUGAUGUCUGCACACGGAAUGGACGAUUCGCAAAGCCCUAUUACGUGCUCCUACGGCGCGAACGCGUCAAAGGUGGAAAAGAAAAGAGUUUGAGGGUGUAUAGGCAUACUGUGCCAGCCUUCAUCUCGAUUCCGAAGCUGGAGGAUGUGUACCUUCCUUUCAAGGGUUCGAAAGCGAAAACACCACACGAUGUAGAAGACGAGAGUGAAUCUGAGGACCAGGGGGAAUCGUUGAAGCAGGGAAAGAAGACAAGAAAGGAAGUUCGAAGUCAGGACUUGCGCGGGUUUGCGCGUGAGUUGCGGCGCGAGCUUGUGGCGUGGCAUCUGCGGUGUGAUGCGGUGGAUUUGCUCCGUGAACGGUUGGGAUUCCGUGAGUCGGAGCCAGGAUCAGAGUCAAGCGCUGUUGGUCGGUUGUCGCCUGAAAGUAAGGCGGGGAUUGUUUCCCUUCAAUCUACGGCAAUCGAAGCCCGGUAUGUCAGGCUAGAAUGGGAGGAUGGCCGUGUUGGGCGGUUCAAGUUGUCCAAUACUGGCAUCAUUGAGCGGGCUGUAGUAAUCGGAGAUGAGGGUCGAGACAAACACACGGAAGAUGCGAUGACUCGUGGCGGAGGAAGGAUUGAGAGCUUGGUUGAGAGGUUGCAGGAGAUUGCUGUGCCGUCUCAAUGA